CUACAGCUGGCGAGGCGAGCUCCGCCACACGGAGUGAAAGGGGAGCGAGAAGGUGACGAGGGCUUUCAUGUAGGGGAUUCAAGGAGGCACCAGAAGCGUUCGUUGGCUUUUAUUUCCGUUUAGGUGUGGCGUACCAAAGAUUAUUCUGCUCACAGACACGAUGCUUUGCCACGUUACGCGCCCGGACUCGGUGGUGAUGGAAGUGGAAGUUGAUGCGAAGGCGAACGGAGAGGACUGUCUGAAUAAGGUUUGCAGGAAGUUGGGCAUUAUAGAAGUGGACUACUUCGGCCUGCAGUUCACCGGGAACAAAGGAGAGAACCUGUGGCUGAAUCUGAGGAAUCGAAUCUGCCAGCAGAUGGAUAGUGUGGCGCCAUGUCGACUGAGGCUGCGGGUCAAAUUCUUUGUGGAGCCUCAUCUCAUUCUGCAGGAACAAACAAGGCAUGUGUUCUUCAUGCACGUGAAGGAGGACCUCCAUAACGGUCACCUAAGGAUGGGAGUGGAGCAAGCGGAGGAGCUGAGCGCGCUGUUGGCGCAGGCCGAGUUCGGCGACUACAACCAAAACACCGCGCAGUACUGGUACUCCGAGAUGUGCGGAGAGGAACCCACCCCCGACAUCAUCAACAGUAUUGUUUCCAGACACAAGGCUCUGGAGGGCGUCAACCAGGCGUCAGUGGAGUACCAGGCCUUGCAGCUGGUGUCCUCCCUGGAGCAUUAUGGGGUGGAGUGGCACUGGGCUCGUGACGCUCACGGCCAGCGGCUGGCUAUUGGAGUGGGACCAGAUGGCAUCGCUGUUUGUCAGGAAGAUUUCACCUUAGUCAACAGCAUCAGCUAUCCAGUCAUCCACAUCGCCACGCAGUCGGGGAAGAGUGUGUACCUGACAGUAACCAAGGACACAAACGACAGUCUCGUGCUUCUGUUCAAGCUCAUCAGCACCCGGGCAGCCAGCGGGCUGUACCGAGCCAUCACAGAGACGCAUGCCUUCUACAGGUGUGACACGGUGACAGACGCGGUGAUGAUGCAGUACAGUCGAGACUUCAAGGGCCACCUGGCUUCUCUCUUCCUCAACGAGAACAUCAACCUGGGCAAGAAGUACGUCUUUGACAUCCGGCGCACCUCCAAAGAAGUGUACGACCAGGCGCGGCGCGCGCUCUACAACGCCGGCGUGGGCGACCUCAUGUCCCGCUCCGGCAGCAGCAGCAACCGCUCGUCUCCGUCGCGCUCGCCCAGUCGAGAUAACCAGCAGGACGACGCCAUGGACUGCGGGAGUUGCCAGCAGAGCCGGGCGCUGCAGGAGAAGCUGCAGAAGCUGAGGGAGGCGCUGUUGUGCAUGUUGUGCUGCGAAGAGGAGAUCGACGCGGCCUUCUGCCCCUGUGGUCACAUGGUGUGCUGCCAGGGCUGCGCCAACCAGCUACAGCUGUGUCCCGUGUGUCGCUCGGAGGUGGAGCACGUGCAGCACGUCUUCCUGCCCACCUGCACCAGUCUGCUCAACCUGAGCGUGACUGACAACCUGCACCAGCGCAGCAGCUUCCCCGCCUCCAUCCACAGAGAGCUGGCGUCCCCCACGGACUACGACCACAAGCUCUACCACACAUGAGGAGGCGCUGGGCUUCACAGCUACACCAGCGGGAUGACCUCAUCCAAAUGGCUUCUUCCAGAUGACACCAAAUCACUCCUCUAAUCUGCAUGACUUUUCACUCUUCUUUUAACCACUUUUAUCACCAGUGACUUGAAUCAGUUGACCUGAUCCAAAAUAGAUUGUUUUUUUUAAGUUUGUUUUCGUUUUGCUCUUCUUGAGCUUUUGUGUUUUAGACCGAUAAGUACUGUUGCUUCUAGCUCAGUCUUGUUUUUAAGCGUUUAAACCUCUUGGAUUUUUGAGCUUUUGGAGUUGACUUUUAUCUCUUCCUGUGUGUUUGUGUUGAUUUGUCUGGUUCCAAUGCUCUGUAUGCCAAUGAGGAGAGGUGUAGAGGCUAGUUUCGGGUCCAAUUCCUGGCGCUCCCAGUCCGACAGAACUGUAUCUCGCUGACACUCCCUCUGACUUCUCAGUCUCUAAACGGGUUUUGAUGAUUAACUGCCGCUUUGUUCAAAACGAGCCUGGUUUCAAACUCCUGCGGCACCUUUUUUGUUUUGUUUUCUGUUUCAUCUCUUGGCCAAAAUACCCUGCAAGCUCAUGGUAGCUUCUGGAUGAUGAACACAAACGGGGCUAAACACCUGAAAGCCGGGGGUCACUCGUGUCUUUAAGGGUACUAGGAGAUCUAUUUGUGCAAUAUUUGCCUGCAUCUUGAAAAGCUUUUCAUUUUCAGCGUUUAUUUAAUUUCAAGUAUUUAAAAGAAAGCCACUGUCACUUUACCAAGGAACUUUAACCGCAGGUCUGUAGAGGGUUCGGCCUUAAUGUAGCAGCAGCAACUGUUUGUGAAUAUUUCCACAUUGUUUUCUGGUUAAAACAAAAGGAAAACAUUUCUUUAGUUGCUUGACUCGAUUGAACUCAGUCUUUGUAAGGAGAGAAGUUUGAAUUCUUUUUUUAUAUAUAUAUAUAUAUCGUACAAGUCGCAGUUUGUUUCUGUUUUCUGAAGCAAAAGCCACUAUGCUAUUUGAGAACACAUAGACCUGAACUCUCUGCUUUUGAAGAAAGUAUUAAUAAAGUUGUUUCCAAAUAAAGUGAUAGG